AUGUUAUCAUUGUUACUAUUUGGUUGUAUAUGUUGUUGUUGUACAUUUGGCCUUUCAUUCUGUCCCGUAUUAUGUUUAAAUAAGCGUUCAAAGAAUGAAGUCAAUAAACUUCUUGAUUGGGAAAAUGCUCGUCUCUAUCAUAAAAUUGGUUUACAUUGGCAUUUAACAAAGCAAAAAUGUUCAAAUAGUGCUGUACAAGAGUAUGUUCUUAUGAUUGAAUUUCGUCCACCUUUAUCAUUAUCCCAGCCUGAUUAA